CCCUCCGCUUGCACUGCGCGUGCGCAGAAGCAGCGGCUGUUCUAAGCCUCCGGUUCAUUUGCAGCCCAAGGAGCGGCGGAGGUGGACGUAGGGAGGCAAUCAUGGUUCUCGACUUGGACCUCUUCCGCGCAGACAAAGGCGGCGACCCGGAGCUGGUGCGCGAGACGCAGCGCAAGCGCUACAAGGACCCUGGCCUCGUGGACGCCCUGGUGGAAGCCGACGGGGCCUGGAGGAGAUGCAGAUUCCGUGCAGACAAUCUGAAUAAACUGAAGAACUUGUGUAGCAGAACUAUAGGCGAGAAAAUGAAGAAAAAAGAGCCAGUAGGAAAUGAUGACUGUAUACCAGAAAAUGCACAAAAUCUUGAUGAACUCACAGGAGACAUCUUAGCAAGUCUUCAGGUAAGCCAAAUAAAAAAAGUUCGUCUUCUGAUUGAUGAAGCAAUACUCAAGUGUGAUGAAGAGCGCUUGAAGCUGGAAGCAGAGCGGUUUGAGAACCUCCGAGAAAUUGGAAAUCUCCUUCAUCCUUCUGUGCCAAUAAGCAAUGAUGAGGAUGCAGAUAAUAGAGUGGAGAGGCUGUGGGGAGACUGCACAGUAAAAAAGAAAUACUCACAUGUGGACUUGGUUGUCAUGGUGGAUGGAUAUGAGGGAGAAAAAGGAGCCAUCGUAGCUGGAAGCAGGGGCUACUUUCUUAAGGGCCCUCUGGUUUUUCUAGAGCAAGCUCUUAUUCAGUAUGCCUUGCAGACAUUACUCAGCAAAGGGUACACUCCUGUUUAUACCCCCUUCUUCAUGAGAAAAGAAGUAAUGCAGGAAGUGGCCCAGCUAAGUCAGUUUGAUGAAGAACUCUACAAGGUACUUGGCAAAGGAAGUGAGAAGAGUGAUGAUAAUACAGUUGAUGAAAAAUAUCUGAUUGCUACAUCUGAACAGCCAAUUGCAGCUUUGCACAGAGAAGAAUGGCUGAAGCCUGAGGAUCUACCCAUCAAAUAUGCUGGUCUGUCUACAUGUUUCCGUCAGGAAGUUGGUUCACAUGGCCGGGAUACUAGAGGCAUUUUCAGAGUGCACCAGUUUGAAAAGAUUGAACAGUUUGUAUAUGCAUCACCUCAUGAUAACAAGUCUUGGGAGAUGUUUGAUGAGAUGAUUGCAACUGCUGAGGAGUUCUAUCAAUCUCUGGGCAUCCCUUACCACAUUGUGAAUAUUGUCUCAGGUUCCUUGAAUCAUGCUGCCAGUAAAAAGCUGGAUCUGGAGGCCUGGUUCCCAGGUUCAGGAGCUUUUCGUGAACUCGUUUCCUGCUCAAACUGCACUGAUUACCAGGCACGAAGGCUACGGAUCCGCUAUGGUCAAACCAAGAAGAUGAUGGACAAAGUGGAAUUUGUACAUAUGCUCAAUGCCACGAUGUGUGCUACAACACGCACUAUAUGUGCAAUUCUGGAGAACUAUCAGACAGAAGAAGGAAUCAUUAUACCAGAGAAAUUAAGGGACUUCAUGCCGCCAGGCUUGAAAGAAAUGUUAAAAUUUGUAAAACCUGCACCUAUUGAUCAAGAACUUUUCAAGAAGCAAAAGAAACAGCAUGAAGGAGGCAAAAAGAAAUCCGCUACUGGGGAUUGUGCUCUAGAAGGGAAGAUGCAAAGCAUGGAUAUGAACAGCACCUGAAAAUUUUACAGGAGUUGUAAUAUUAAGGGCAUCAACCAAGGGGUGGGGGCAGCUCCUGGAUAUGAAUUGCUGCUUUGUUUCAUUCUUCCUUUUGCCAUGGGCAAGUUAUUUUUUCCAACUCUGCUUCCACUCUCUGUAGUACAAGAAGAUGAUACUUGUUAUAGUAUCUGUAUCAGGAUCCACAGAUGUUUAACUGCACUUUGACUGUGAAACGUAAUGCAAGUGCUGAACUUUUCUCCAGCAAUAUUUUUUGUUAUAAAUUAUGGUCAUUAUGUUUUAUGUCCCAACCCUAGUUGCAAAUCUAAGCAGAGGGAACAAAGUCUAGUAUCUUCAUUUACCAAAAACCACUGCAUAACAAGCAGGCAGUUAAAGCAGAGAUCAAAAGGGAAAAUAAGUAUAAGCACUUGUCUAAUUUUACUGUUGAGACAGUCUUUGCAUUGUCGUAGGAUUUUAUCAUGUUCAGUGGGAUUCAGUGAAUAAAGCAAAUAAUUAAGAAA